AUGCUUUUACAUUCGGCAGCCGGCAUGCAUAACCAUGAGUACUCACAUUCUACCCUUCCUCGACCACAGAGCGAUUUUAUGCCCAGAAGAUCGCCUUUGAAUAGAUCAUCGUUUUCAAAUCCUGGUCCAGAAGUAUCUACAUCUCAAGCUCCAAUACCAGUUUUAUCGACUCAACGCUCAAGAGCACUAUCUGAAUAUAUACCUCGGAACAAACUAGAACAUCAGCAGGUGCAUGCUGUUCGAUUUCAAGAACCUGAAGCGGAUGCCAUGAGUGAAGAUGGCAGGUCGGUUGCAAACUCCGAAGGAAGCCGAACAACGAAUGGGGGUAGACGGGGCAGGAGAUCCUCGAAAGCUAGCACAGCAUACCGUCUAGCACACCCGGCUCCGACUCUGACCCACAAGCAACGGUUAUUAAAUAUUCGCCCGAAAUUGCUAAUGCAAUUGCAGUUAUUGUCAUUUGAUAAAAGGCCCAAGCCAACCUUGGAUGUCCUUCCUUCCACAGUCGUCGUCUCCAGAUUGGCCAAAAGAUUUCCUCGAAUGUUUAGAGGAAAGGGUGAAUUAGGAGCAAACGAUAUUAUGAUUGUGAAGAGUGAAGAAUAUGAUAUACCGGAGGGCUCCAUGGAUGACACGGACUCUGAUGAGGAGAGUUUCUCGAAUCGGGAACUCAUCGCAGUCAUUUGCCAAUUGCCCAGGGACGAAGGAGGCUCUCAAGGAAAGGCCGAAAUAGUUUUAGGCGAUGGUUCUGUCUGGUUGGCAAGCCCGUUACCAACCGGAGCUUAUGAGAUGACCAAGUUUGACGAAUCCGGGACGAAAGUGACUACUAUUAGAUGGAGAUCACAAAGGCGUCAGUGA